GUCGGGGCAAGUUCGAUGCUCCGUCGUCGACUCGUCGUUUGUACCUGCAUGACGCAGAUGUCGCUGCGUGCCGAUUUCACUCCGGUCGUACACGCCACGCCAUGCCACGCCACGCCACGUCGUCUGCCCGCCUGCAGGUUGCAAUGUCGGCAGGAUCUUCUUGUCAUGCCGAACGCAUUAGGCCGUCUUCAGCAUCACGUCCUCCUACCUCCUAGAGGGAGGCUGAUCUUUAUGCGAACCUGCAUAUCAAUGGUCCCGUUGUACCCGCUCUCUUGCAUGCUUCCGCCGGGGAUCUGCGGCCUCGAGAUCCGAACAGAUUUGAUCGUCCAGACAAUCUCUCCGGCUGACCGACUCUGCCACUGUAAUCGAACAGUACCUGCACACUUACGAGCUCUGUGGAAGAUUCUGCAGGCCGCGCAACGCCAUGCUGGAGAGGGUCACUCCUUUCCUUCGGCUCGGGACAUGAAGAAGGCGGAGUUUGUCGCGUGCGGGCAUCGCACGAAUGCUGUGUGCAUUGCAUGAGCCAGCAGCUGGUGAGGAGGGAAGAUGGAGUGGACAGUUCAAUGGACGUUUUUGUUCUAGACCGUUGACAAGGCUGAAACAUUUCGGCGGCCCGAGUCUCCCGAUGCACUAGCUUAUGCAACAGCAUGAACAAGAAUAAAUAUGACAGCUGACAGCAGGAUCGAUUAUAGAAGUGCACGUCAGCUCAGGGACUCUGACCGCACGUUUGAUGCCUCGUUACCGACCACAUGGUUCCUGGCGGGUGCUGCAGAACUUCUUCGAUGAGUCUCAACGGGAAGCCAUGCGAUUCCCAUAGUAUCUGCUCCACAACCCGCCAAUGCUGACUUCACCUGGCGUUCUCUCGACCCAGCAAAAACAC